AAAUAUCUCUAUGAGACCCAGUAGAGGAGGUGUACAAAAGAAAUCAAAAACUAUGGAUUAUACAAAUUAUGCCUAUAAUGAGGCAGUGGGUAGAUUAAAAAUGAUGUUGGCUGAUUCAUAUACAGCGCCUAAGACAAACACCAGCUCCUCGUAUUUGAGAAGUUUUAACGAUGAUUCAGCGGAUAAUUAUUCGGAUAAUAUGUCGACCAUAGACCGUCCGGUGUUUGCAGAUAUUUCUAAGUAUUUAUCCCCCAGUCAAAAGUCACGCUUGGCUGGUGGCAGUUAUCGCCCCAAGAAGACUUUAAGUGGAUUUUCUGCCUCCAAGGAGAAUUUAACUUCCCCGGCCAGACAAUAUCAGGCCACAGCUCUACCUACUGCAGCAGUCAGUAGCUCAGCGGCUGUGGACUAUUAUGCCUCUACACCAAAAACCCAAAUGCCACCCACUGACAGUGUCCAAGCUCCGGUAGAAAUCUUUAAUUUUAUCGAAAAACAAGAGGAUUAUAUAGAGCAAUUGGAAAAGGAAUCGAAAUAUUGCCGCAAUGAAUUAACCAAUCUAUUGGGUAAAGUUAAAGAUGUGAUCAAUGAAAAUGAACAGUUAACCGAACAUGCUCGUAGUGAAUUGAAUAAUUUGGGUAAAAGUGAAAAAAUAACGACUAGUCCUUCCUCGGAUAGUGAUGAUAUUUUAUAUACAAAUAAGAAAACUUCAACGCCUCGCAAAAAGGAAGUUAAAAGUCCUCGUUAUGCCUCGGCUCCUAAUAUAGUGUAUGAGGCUCGUAUUAGUGAACUAGAGGCUGAACUAAUGCAGGCUAAUAUAGAUCUAAAACGUGUUAAAACCGAGAAUGAUGAUUUAAAAAAGAAACUGGCACGUUCAGAUAUUUCCACUUCACCCAAUUCGGCUUUAAAUUGUGAAGCUCAUCGUAAACAAAUUGAUUUAUUGCAAAAAGAUAAAUCGAACUUGGAGGACACCAUUAGACAAUUGCAUAAAUCCUUAGAUGAGGCCAAGUCUCAGCAAUACGCUCAAUCCUCUAAACGUUAUAUCAAUGAUCUCGUACAAAUGGAAAGAUCACAAGCUGAGCUGGAAGUACGCCAUUUAAGAGAUGAACUAGAUCGUCAGCAUGAACGUGUGCGUGAACUACAACACGAAAUGGCUAGACGUUUGGCGGAUGAGCGUGCCAAUGCCGAGAGACGUUAUAAUAAUCAAGUUGAUCAGUUGGGUGGUGAUCUCAGCUCACAAUGGGAACAAGUUGCCAAGCUACAAUUGGACUUGGAGAGACAAAAACGUUAUGAAAAUGAUAUGAAACGUGAUUUAGCUAAUCGUAAUUCCCAAAUUGAGGAACUUAAAAUGGAGCUAAGAGCUAAUCGUUCCACUUUCUUGGCCGACAUGGCUCAAGUUAAUGCCGAAAAGCAAUCGUUGGAACAAGAAAUUACCGCUUUACGUUUGCAACUUGAUCGUGCUUCACGUGAGAAUAAAACCGAGGCGGCUCGUUUAAAUGCAGAAAUCAAUUCAUUGAGACAACGUUUAGAUCGAGCUGAUGCCGAUCUGUUGCACUCGAAAAGGGAAGUGUUGCGUUUGAAUGAUGAAAUCGCUAAUUUGGAAAAAGAGUUGGCCUAUGGUGAAAUGAAAAAUGAAAUACGUCCCACUAAAAAGGAUUUGGAUAAACGGAUUUCCGAAAUGCAAGAAAAGCAUGCCGAGACUGUUAAUGAACUAGAAGAAAUGAUACAAAGUCAAAAGCAACUCAUGGAUAAAUUAACCAAUGAAUGUAAAACAUUAACGAAUAAAUUAGAAGAUACAACUUUAAAACACAAGUAA